AUGUUUUUAAAGAAUAAAUCAUGUAUUUAUGCACCUUUACCUGAAGAUUUUGAUUUUGCUUCUACUGAUAAACCUCGUAAUACAAAAAACUAUAUUUUAUCCGAUUUAACACCAGACCAAAAAGAAAAUUUACACCGAUUUAAAGUACAAACGAUAAAGGAAAAUAAUAUAUAUCUAAAACAAAAUCCUGAAGUCCAUGCCUUUAUUUCUAUAUUACUCCAACUGAUAUUUACUAAAAGACCUUCAAGGAACGUGCUGCAAUUCAUGGCAAAAUAUUUUAAUAAAUCCAAGUUUGAUAUAAAAGAUGAUAUUAUCCAGUAUUAUGCAAGGAGGGGUUUGAAAUAUCCAUUUGAAAAAAGACAAAUGGACUUUUUCGAAUACAGUGAUUUUAGCCAAUCCAUAUCUUUUAUAGACGAAUCAAGCCAAUUCGCAUUUAAUAAUAAUUAUUAUAAGGAUGAAGAGGAAGCCUCAGAAGAGUCCACCUUGAUGAUUAUAACAGAAAUAUUGGAUGAAUUGGUGGAAAACGCCAUGAACCUUAAAGAUAAAUGUGUCUACGAUGCAUUACCAGAAAAUUUUGAUUUUUUAUCGACCGACAUUCCUAGGGGUACAAAAAACUACAAUUUAUCUUUUCUAACACCUGAACAACAAGAAUCUAUAAACCGUUUUAAAGUUCAGACGAUAAAGGAGAAUAAUAUAUAUCUAAAUAAAACUCCAGAAGUUAAAGCUAUUAUUUCUCUACUACUACAAAGAGUGUUCCUCAAGAGACCAUCAACUGAUGUUCUGAUUUAUAUGGCACAAUUUUUUAAUAGAUCUAAAUAUGACGUCAUUGAUGAUAUUACUGAGUAUUAUGCCAAAAAAGGUAUAAUUUAUCCCAUUUUGAAAGAAAAUUAUUUUUAUCAACAAAGUUCUUCUGAAGAUAGCAAUGUGUCAAUUCCAUUUAGAUCAAAUAAUUUUUUUAUUGAGAAUUAUGAAGACAGCCAAGAGGAGGAAUCAGAAUCAGAAUCGUCUUUUGUUAUUAUCAGGAAACUUGUUUAUGACUUGGUAGAAGAUGCUGUUACAACUGCAGAAAGAAAUGACCAUUAAUUAAUUUAUUAAAUAAACAUGUG